AUGGCACUGUCCUCAUCUGUCUGUGUACGGCGCUACCUGAGUGAACCAGGGGAGAAAGAAGCGCUUCGUGUACUGAAAGAACAGCUCCGUCAUCAGAAACGCAUUACAUCCGACGACGUCCGACUUGCGGUGCGGACCGUUGCUAGUCAAGGUGGUGCCGUGUCUAUCCCGAUUGACUUCCCACCGUCCCGAUGGGUGCUUGAGUUCAAGCGUGUGCAUGGCUUCAUGCAACUCAAUAGCUUUGCAUUUGAUGCGAUGGAAGGAAGCAUCAGUAAUAAGGAAGUGUGGACACCGGAGAGGCUGGAGAUGGCAAAGCUGCGUCCAGUGUCAGCACCAGUAGAACCAGGAUCCAAUAGCGAGAAAACCACGAGUGCCAGCAACAGUAGCAGUAGCAACAAUAGCAGUAGCAACAAUAGCAGCAGCAACAGUAUAAACAUUCAAGAUGAAGAGAGCAGCAGAUUGAGUACCGGUGUGGUGCAAGUCACGGGCAGAAACGACAAAAAUAGCGACGACGGGAAGGAGAAAAGACCGAGCAAAGAGAGCGACCGCUCGUUGCUGCAUAUGCAGUCCAAGACUGCGAUGGCCUAUGCUGACCCUCGUCCGUCGUUUACAAACGAGGUACAACGUCAGACGCAGCUACAACACAACUUUAGUCAACGUCACCAACAGCAACUGCAGCAGCAACAGCGUCGAGCAAAGAUCGUAGACGAACGUCGACGGACUAUGGUGUGGCCGAGAGAAUCUGCAAGGGGAUCGAAAGAAACGCGUCUCGGGGAGAGUCGUAACGGUUGGAGCAACGAGAACAGCACAAAUGCUGGACGGGGGGAUACCAGGUCAAGUGGUAAUGACGUCGGACCAAAUGGCGGAAGAGAUAUUAGCUCGAUGCUGCCUCAGAUUCAACAGCUUGUUACCAACAACGGUAGCAGUAUGGACGAAAUCCAGGACUCGGCGUCUAACACGUCGUCGUCGUCCAAAGACAAGCGCAGCUACAAACUGAGCCACACGGUUCCAGCCGAGACAUGGGAGAAGGCCAUCGCGGCUGUAGAGCAGCAGGGUAUGAGUUUACGCACGGCCGCUAAGAUGUACGGCGUGCACUUUGCGGCGCUGCACCGACGCGUAAAAAAGCGCACACAGGGUGGACAGAAAAAUGGAAAUGACGCGUACUUUGACCCGAACGACGAGGCCGGGAUCAUGCGUGUGGUGGUGGCUCACGCAGAGUUGGGUGUGCUGAUGACGUUUGACGAGCUGAUGCGACUGGUGGAGGCUGUGGCUCUACGCAAACUACCCGAUAUCUCGGUGGAGUCGGCGCGAAAGUUGUUGACGCGCUUCGAGUCUCGCAAUGCACAGUCGAUUCGUCAUAUUAUUGACGAUUGGCCUCCUCCACAGCCAUCUACGAAUGCAUUUCCAUCUGCAAAGCCGUACUUGGAGCAUCCGGGAUUUAGCUUUGGACCAACGAGUACUAAUACAGGAGGAGCUGCAACGGCAUCAGCUACAACAACGACGCUCUUCGUUCCUCCAAUCCGUCUCGCUCCAAACACAGUCGACUUUCGAAACAAUUCAAAAAGUCCAGCAGUGCGACUGAUUGAUACCAUGAGGACAAUGGACAUUGAUACAAGACCAUCAUUACCCUCGUCUCACCAUGUCGGAUGUGUUGUUACGCAUCCAGAGACGACACGUCUUUAUCCAUCUCGAGAAGUUUGCAUCGAUGAAGGCGUGGACUUGAGAAAAUAA